AUGUGUCGGCGAUGCAUCGGAAUCUUGAGCGUUCAGGAGGGUCGUCGUGUAGUGUCCACGUCCUUGAAGGCUCUCUUUAGACAAAGACGACGUGGGCAAUCUCUAGAUCUUCUCGCAAAGUCUAGAGAUCAAUGAAGUGAGUCGUCGAAUUGUCUCCGGCGGCUGUCACCCGACGGAGCGGAAAAACGGCGACUUUGCGGCUCUCCGACGGCUGUCACCCGACAGAGAGGCGCUGGAUGGAGGUGGGACACCUGUCAGGGAGCUUCAUCCUCAGGUCUGCGCAGCAAGAGGAGGCUCUUCAUCGCAUCUGCUACGCUCUCAAGAGGUGGCGACUGGUCUCCCGGUAGAUCGUCCUCUUCCCGACGACAGCUUGUUCAUUAAUCAAUCGGAGAUGAUUUACUUGAUGGACUCGUGAUCCUUUUAUCGUGAAUCGUUUAGCAAUUUUAGUAGUAAUGCUCUGCAAAUUGCGUUGACGAGAUUUUCGCCGAUGAUCCAGCGAUUCUCGUUGCUUAAUCCUUCACCGGUGAUCUACAAGAAAGUCACGAUAAUCAGAUAAAAAUAUAUGAAUUUUGACUCUAGGAGGAUUCGAACCCGCGCUGGUCACCCGCCUCUUCUGAGGAAGGUGUGACGGCGGUUUAGUCCCACAUCGGUUGUAUGCCGAGUUUUCGGGCGAAUAUAUAGUAAUGUUAGCUUUGUGAGUAAAGUCCCUUCUCUCGCGUGUAUGACCACUCUUUGCCCCAUAGCUAGCUGGCCACCGGUGACGUGGAAGGGGAGUGGCGUACGCAUGCCUGUCGGUCCCCAAGCCAAGCUGCUUGAGCCGUUGCUCGCGGCUAACUCCCUGACUGCGCUUCCGACCCGCUUGCGAGCUCGGCUGGCCAGCGGGUCCCCUCAUUUUGCAGUAUUUUUAUUUUGAUUUCUUGUUCUUCAUUUAUCUCAAAAGUAAGACUGUAAAAAUCGUAUAAAAUCACAUAAUUACCCAAAAAUUCACGUUAAUCAAUUGAAAACCAAAAAUCAUUCUUUAACACAAAUAUAAGUCUAUUUAUCAUGAGUUAAGGCUAAAACUAUAUUAUUUUUACUAAUUAUUAACUCAUGA